UAAUUUAUUUAGCCCCAUAAACAAUCGUAAUGGUCUGUCGCUUAAAAACAAAACAAAAUGUUCCAUCAAGAAUCUUUAUAAGAGACGGGCGCCCGACAACUCCUCAGUGGUUGCUUCGACCAUGGGACUGAAGAAGUUCAUUGUGGUGUUUGUCGCUUUGGCGACAAUUUCCACAUCACACGCCUUCAUCCACUUGACGCCUCACGACAAAGAGGUGGUUUACACCUGGAAGGCACUCGUCAAAGCUGGCACCGACUUACCCACCUCACACGCAUCUCAGUUCGUUCUCGAAGGAAAAAUUCACCUGCAGUCCAAUCCUAACGCGACCCAUGUCCGAAUCACAGACCUGACGUACAAACUCUACAAUGGUAUUCUGGACCAUGUGCGCGAGCACGAGGCCCAUAGCGUUCCAGUGCAAAUACAUGACCUGGAGCACGCCUUCAGAGUGGUUUAUGACACCAAUGGUUUGGCGAUUGGAAUCGCAACCAAUGGGCAAGAGAAGGAAUUCUCGCGCAAUAUCAAGAAAGCGUUAGCUACCAUUUUACAGAUGGAUGGGUCCGUGGUGAAAAACAUUGGACACCACCACCAACACCCGCAUUCGUUUGUAACAAGGGAACAUUCGAUUUAUGGCCGGUUUGAUGUUGAUUACACGGUCAGAAGCCUCGAGAAUGGGAGGGUGGAGGUUCACAAACUGCACGAUAUGCAUGAUUCGAGGCAUUUGUACCAACACUUGUUUAGUAAUAAUGAAGCUGGGCAUUGCGAUGCCCAUUACGAAAACCCCAUCAUGCAUGAUAGCCGCAAAGACUAUUUGAUAGUUAUACAAGAUGGGCACCAUAUCGUCAAACAUGUCCAGGCUGUUGGUGCUUUGGUUUAUCACCCAUUUAAAGCUCAGUCCGACCACCAGUUUAUUCUGGUCAAUCAAAGCCUUCACCUCCAUCACGUUGGACCCAUUCAUCAGCAACUUCACGUUGAAAGUGAACACUUUGAAGACCAUUUGACUUAUCACCCGUUCGAGGAUCAACAAGAUGGCCGCUUGCAUGACUUGACCAAUGGCCGCCAUGUUGUUAACUAUGACAAGGUCAUUCCUGACGUCCAACACAUGUUGGAGGACAUCCACCAGUACCUCCACGAAGACCACAUACACACCCGGGAGCCGGACUCCAAACGUGGUCAAUUGAUAAACCGAGUCCAAAGACUCCUCCAACACUUUAACUCGGCCAAACUCGAAGAACUCCACAAGAAAUUGACCGGUGAAGCUGCACGCAUCUUCCACCACAUUCUACCACUAGUAGGGACACGAGCGUCCGUUCUGUACAUCAAGCACUUGGUAGUUGAUAAAGUGGUCCAUGAGGACGUCGCGGUUGACCUCCUCCAACACUUCCCAGAACACGUGGUGGAACCCACAAUUGAACUACUGACACAACUUGAAACCCUGAUACAUCUGGACGAAAACGUCCAUUGGGACGUCCGCAGGGCCGCUCUUCUGAGCUUCGCCCACCUCGUCCACCACUCCCACAUCCACCAGCACACCCACGAUGACGCGCAUACCCAUGAUAACCAACACAUCCAUGACAAUAGACACACCCAUGACGAUGAACAACCCUACGAGAAGUACGUGGUGGAGUACAUAAACAAGCUGAGGUCGGCACACGACUACCGCACCCAAAUGGUUUACGCCUUUGGCCUCUCCAACAUGAAGCUCCACAGCAUCAUCAAGCACAUGCUGCCUGCAGUCAACGGCGAGUGGUACAACGACCACCACUUCCGCCUACUUAGUCUCUGGGCCAUGGGUUCGGCCGUGGUACGUGACCACGACCCGAGCACCGUCAUCGAAACCCUCUGGCCCAUUUUCACCAACGUUGACGAAACCACCGAAAUGAGAUGUCUGGCCUUUUUCCACAUCAUGGAAAGUAGACCCAGCGACCCAAGAAUCGCAAACAUGUACUCAUAUUUGAUCAAUGAACCCAACGAAGAAGUCUACCGUUUCGUGCACUCGUACAUGCACACCGUCAGCCACUCGCAUGACCCUUGCAAGGAGGACUUCUGGGUCAGGAUGGCCCACCUUGUCAACUUCCUACCACCGCCCGACCACGGAACGUCCUCCGUCCAUUUCCACGACUACAGAGACAUCAAUUUCGGGUUCAGCGGCGGCGUCCAGGAGUAUUUCAUUAAUUCGAACGAAUCGCAAAUUUACGGCGUUGCCACGACCACCGAACAUUUCAAUAUUCACCACGAAGGCUACAGUUUCUACUUGAAAAUUCACAGGAUACGACAUCGCGGAGCCCCGAUUCCUCUUCUCUUCAUCGAAACGUUUAUGAAAAAAUUGAGAGAUAUCAACAACAAUGACCUCCACAUCGAAUUGGUUGUGUUCAGGCACGGACGGGUCAUCAACACCCACUUCUUUGACGAACAAAACUGGCACGAGUUGGACGCGAUUUUGGACUUUUUCACCAAAGACUCGAAAUCGCUGAUGAAAGACCUGCUCCAUGUGAGUUACGAUGAGUACCACAGAGCGUUGAUUCCCACUGAUCUGGGCAUUCCGGCCGUUUGGGAAUACUUGAUGCCCGUCGUCCACAAAAACAACAUCAGUGUCACGAAGGAGACAGCCAAGAAAGUUAUAAAUAUCCAUGUUGAUAACAGGUACGUCAACUGGAUUCACUAUCGCCACGGGUUGUCUUUCUACAACCCGAUUGUCGAUGUGUGGCAAGGCAUCAACCGAUUCCACUCGUACGAUGCCGUCUGGCCCCUGCAUUUCGACAUUUCGAUCAACACGCAGCAGCAAAGUUUGCAGUUGUCGUGGAAGAGGCAUAACAAUGCCCAACUGGACGUGGCGGGACUCAGAAGCCAUGUCAAACAAAUGGUGUUUAUUAAAGACGACCACCACCGCAAUGUUUUAGGGCAGUCCAGUCCGCAGUGUAAAGAGUUCGUCAUCGUGGGCCAUGGCAAGCAAUUCAGACAUGAUUACCCGCUACUCCACGACGAUGAUUUGAGCACUGGCCUCCAAUGGCAUGUCGCAGUCUACGACAGUGAUCGCUACGUCACGAACGGUUCCUUCCAACACUUACUCCACCUCUUCACACAAUCCCACCACCGCCACUCUGAAACCCCCCUAAGCCAUGUUCUAACAAGUUGGGCCAAUUGGCACCAAUACGUCCUGUUGUUGCCCCGAUCUGGCACCUAUGGUUUUAUCACAAGAAUUGAGCCAAGUCACCAACAUCCAGUCAGUAACAUUGACCUGUCCCUUCGCCUACAUUCCGAGCCAGCCAGUGAAGAAACGCAUUAUUACGCCCCGAGAAUCAAAUGGAGCUCUCGAGUGACCUACGCCGUGAAAAACCACGACACUAGUCUCAAAACCUGGGACGUGAACGCAAUCUUCGACAUAAACCCAGGCCACACAGUCAAUAAUCUCAAAAUGAUCGUCACUAGGAUCGUCCCGGGGCAAAAUGACUACAAAAUUUGCGUGGAUGGCGUCAAGAAAUGGACCGAUAAGGGCGUGACCGGGCAUUUGAACGUGGCCAUGAGCCAAACCCCCGAUGGCAAAUGCGUGAAAGACGACACCGUGAUUGACGUCACCAUGACCGGGGAAAAGUCACACGAACAGCAGGAAGGCCACCACAAAUAUGGCACUUGCGAGUACAUCAGCCCCUACUCCGUCCCACACUGGCACACUUUGGAGUGCCUGGUCGACCAUACCACCGUCAGACGCUACGUUUACAACGUCAAAACCACUAAUGUCCCAUCCGAGUUCAAGAAAGUGUUCGCCCAUUGGUGGGACCACCUCAAAGGCUACUACGUGUCGUACUACCACCUCGAAGACGAGCACAAUGACCACAUCGGCGACCAUAACCUCCGCCUGGACAUCCACUACCCCAUGGAGGAGGAAACAGUCAAUGUGCACGUCACGACCCCACAACACGUCUAUAGCCUGACUGGGGUGCCCACCCACCACUGGCGAUGGGUGGGCUUGAGCCCAGAUUCGGUCGAAUACUCCAAAAGCUUCCAAUACUUGCACGAUUCCGGCUGGGUUGACCAUUGCGUGGUUCAUGUCGACCACCACCGACUCAACCAACACGACGUCCAUGAAACGGUACCAAAUGACUGGACUUUGUUCGUCGGAAACGGUGCCCAAAACCCAACAAUGGGAGUCUACAUCAAACGUGUUGCCAAUGAUGAAAUUGCGGUUCGUGUUGUCGACAAUGGGCACACACUUGAAAUUGCUCCUCAUGGAAUCACCCAUCAGAUUACUGUAGAUGGGCGCGUGGUCCCGUCCAGGAGUACCACCACGAGGAUUGGGCUUAUUGGCACGUGUUUAACCAAGACUACCAUCACUGUCGCCGUUUUGCUGCACCACAGUGGACUUCACCUGGAGUACCACCACCAUGAAGUGGUUGUGGUGGUGCCCAAACUGGACCAUCUGCCGCACGGCCACUGCUAUAGACAUCACUAGGUUGCUGUAUACGAAUUUGGCACGUAUUAUGGUAUUGUAGUCUUAUACAUAUAAUAAAGCAAGGUUUUUAAAA